AUGGCGCCGGCAGUGGUAAUUGACAACACGCCCGAUUUCUCCAUGGAUUUCGACCCUCCCUCCCACUCCGCCCCCUCCUCCUCAUCCACAACCACCCCGCGCACCCUCCUCCUCGCCCCACCCUCCGUCGCCUCGCACCCGGAAUCGCUAUCGCGGGUUGCCGAAGCAUACGAUCGGGCAGCGACCGACAUACAAAUGCUGGAUCGUCUCUCCCUCGGCCUCGUCUCUCUCCCCCCAUCCACCUACGAUGUCGUCCUCGUCCUGUCCGAUGUCUCCCCCGAGGAUGCCGCUUCACGAACAUCUCUCACGCGCGAUAUCAUGGAGCGCAUCACGACGUCUCUCAAGCCUGGCGGGAAAUUGAAGUCGCAGUCGGGAGCGGCGUUGCAAGCGGCGGAACAGACCGAGGCCAUUUUGGCGGGAUUGGUGCAGGAUGAUGGGGAGGGCAUGGUGAAGCCUGCGGAUGUGGCCAAUCAGACGGUGCAGUUGAGUUUUGGGAGGAGGAAGAAGAAGACGGGCAAGCGGAAGAGUGUCGAUAUUUCAACGCAUGGGGAGGAGAAUAGGAAUGGCAAUGGAAGUGGGAAUGGAAAUGGAAAUGAAAAUGCAGCACCGAUGGGAGUGGGAUUUGUGGAGAAUGUUGAUGAUGUGGUGAAUGUGGACGAGGAUGACUUUGAUUUCCCCACCGAUGAACAGUUGCAACACGCCGAGCGCAUUGAUCCGGACACUCUGUUGACGGAGGAGGAUCGAUUGAAGCCGUUGAACAUUCCCGAGGCGUGCAAACCCAACACCAAACGUCGACGAGCGUGUAAAGACUGCUCGUGUGGUCUGGCCCAGCGACUCGAGGCGGAAGAUCGGGCCACGCGAGCCGCUGCAGAUGCCAAUCUGGCCAAAUUGAAGCUCGAUGUGGAGACGUCGACGGCCAAAGCCAGCCCUUCUGCCGCCAUGUUGCAAGCAGAUGAUUUGGCCGAAGUCGACUUUACCGUGCAGGGGAAAGUGGGGUCGUGUGGGAAUUGUGCCUUGGGAGAUGCCUUUCGAUGUGAUGGAUGUCCUUAUAUCGGUCUGCCCGCUUUCAAACCCGGCGAGCAGGUCCGCUUGAUGAACAAUGAUGUGCAGCUUUGA